AAUUAAAACACUCAGUUGUCUGUUUAUGUAUGUAUUCACAAAGGAAUUACAGAAGAAUGACACAAGAACAAAUUGUAAAAAUAAAAAUAAUAUUCCAGAAUUAUUUUAAGUAUUUAAUAAAAUUGCCAUGUCAGGAGAGAUGACAGGUCCUUUUUAAGUACACUAUUCAAUCAAUCCUCCUACUUUAUAAAUGUACUUAUUGUUAUUAUACAUAUGUACUUUUGUUGUAAUGCACAAAACAUUACAGAAUACUGUAUGAAUGUAACACGAUUUCCCUGUGUAAUCCUGUAUUCGACCACGUUGAACAAAUGCUGCGGAGUCCAAUAUCUGGAAAUGGCACCUAAAAAGGUCAAAGCAAUGCAAAAUAGUCAAAGUUCAUAACUAUCUUUUUUUUGCAAUGAGCUGGAUGCUUAAGCAUGCAAAGAAUUGGGAAUCCCUGCCAAGUGUUUGCUACGAGAUGGAGUUCUGUUAUGACUGUAUCAGGAGGUAUAUUCACAAACACUUCUGUAUGGGGAGAAUUUAAGCCAACUUUCUACCACAAAAUCCAUAUGCUGCUGUACAGGUUGACAGAUUUUUCCGAUGCUAAAGAUUUUUUCCUACAGUCAGCUUUUUCUUGGAAUCCGGUCUUUUGGAGUUAACCAAGUUGGGCUGCUACUGUUCUCGGGCAGUUAAAGCCUAAGUCAUCUGCACGACAGGUCAAAUUGCUGUCCAGUUGGGCCUCCGACAGAUCUAAAUUUUGAAAUUGUAAAUGAGAAUACUGUUAGAAUGUCAUGGCAAAGGCCAGCUGAAAGGAUAAGAGGCUACAAGAUCACUAUUGUUCCAACAAUCGAUGGACCUGCAAAAGAAUUGGAUCUUCCAGCUUCCGCAACCCAAACUGUGCUAACAGAACUUAUACCAGAUGUUGAAUAUGUUGUCACAAUACUUUCAUAUGAUGAAUCGGAGGAAAGUUUACCUGUGUUUGGCCAACUUACAAUUCAAACGGGAGGCCGUGUAAUGACAGAAGACAAGAAAGUUGUAACCAGUGAUUCACCACGGUGUUCUAUAAGCGCAGUUGCUGAUGUAGUCUUCCUUGUUGAUGGCUCUUGGAGUGUGGGAAGAGCUAACUUCAAGUACAUCCUUGACUUUAUGUCUUCCUUGGUUUCGGCAUUUGACAUUGGAGAAGAGAAGACAAGGGUUGGUGUUGUCCAGUACAGCUCUGAUACCAGGACUGAGUUUAACCUGAACAAAUAUUUAAAUAAGAAAGAUUUAUUGGCUGCUAUUAAGAGAAUUCCCUACAAAGGAGGAAAUACGAUGACAGGUGAAGCCAUAGAUUACUUGAGAAGAAAUACCUUUGUCCAGUCUGCUGGAUCCAGGAAAGGAUUUCCUAGAAUUGCAAUUAUUAUUACUGAUGGAAAAUCCCAAGAUGAAGUGGAAAUUCCUGCAAAGGAGCUUCAGAAUUUAGGAGUCGAAGUGUUUACAUUGGGAAUAAAGGCAGCAGAUGCAAAGGAGCUGAAACAAAUGGCCUCCUUGCCUUCUUUAAAGCAUGUUUACAGUGUGGCCAAUUUUGAUAACAUAGUUGAUGUACAGAAUGAAAUCAUUACACAAGUUUGCUCCGGAGUCGAUGAACAACUAAGUGAACUUAUUAGUGGAGAAGAAGCUGUGGAUCCUCCCUCAGAUUUAACGGUCAAAGAAAUUUCUUCUAAAUCCAUGAAGAUCACCUGGAGGCCUUCACCGAGCCAAAUCACAGGCUACAGAGUUCAGCUUAUUCCAAUGUUGGCAGGAAGUAAACAACAAGCCUUAAAUGUUGGCCCUCAAACUACUAGCCUGACCCUGAAGGAUCUCUCCCCAGAUACAGAGUACCAGAUUAAUGUAUUUGCAAUGAAAGAACUCACAGCGAGUGAGCCAAUCUCAACACUGGAAAAAACCCAGGCAGUGAAAAUACGAGUGGAAUGUUCCGGUGGAGUGGAUAUAAAGGCUGAUGUUGUCCUCCUUGUUGAUGGCUCCUAUAGUAUUGGAAUGGCAAAUUUUGCUAAAGUCAGAGCCUUCUUGGAAGUGCUAGUGAAAAGCUUUGACAUCUCACCCAACAAAGUCCAGAUCAGUCUUGUACAGUACAGCCGAGAUCCAUAUACAGAAUUUGCUUUGAACAAGUAUGACAAGAUUGAAGAUAUUCUUCAGGCAGUGAAUACAUUUCCAUAUAGAGGGGGCUCUACUAACACUGGCAAGGCUAUGACUUUUGUCAGGGAAAAGGUGCUUGUUGAGGGCAAAGGAGCAAGAACAAAUGUCCCAAGAGUAAUGAUACUCAUUACUGAUGGAAAGUCCUCCGAUGCAUUUAAAGACCCAGCUAUAAGGUUAAGAAAUGCAGAUGUAGAAAUUUUUGCUGUUGGUGUUAAAGAUGCAGUAAGAAGUGAGCUGGAAGCUAUUGCUUCUCCACCUGCUGAUACCCAUGUCUACACAGUAGAAGAUUUUGAUGCUUUCCAAAGAAUUUCUUUCGAGUUAACCCAGUCCAUCUGUCUUCGUAUUGAACAAGAACUCCAAACAAUAAAGAGGAAAUCUUUGACUCCUGCUCGGAAUUUAACAUUCUCUGAAGUCACAUCCAGAAGCUUUAGAGUAAACUGGUCACCAGCAGCUGAAGAUGUUCUGUCAUACCUUGUUAAGUACAAAGUGGCUGUUGGUGGUGAAGAAAUCCUAGUGUCCAUUCCAGGCACCACUACCACCACAGUUCUUUCCAAUCUCCUUCCAGAGACCACUUACGCUGUUUCGGUUUCUGCAGAAUAUGAAGGAGGCGAAAGCCCUGCAUUAGAAGGGGAGGAAACAACUUUAGAAGUGAGGGGAGCACCUCGAAACCUUAUUGUAAGUGAUGAGACCACAGAUAGCUUUAAGGUGGGCUGGUCACCAGCUCCUGGAAAUGUCCUAAGGUACAGAAUUGGAUAUCGUCCUGUUUCUGGGGGAGAACGAAAAGAAGUAACAGUCCCAGGAAACGAAAGAGCUGUGACAUUAGUGAAUCUCUUGUCUGAUACCAAAUACCAUGUAUCUGUUACACCAGAAUAUCGCUCAGGUCCAGGGAAACCUUUAAUAGGAAAUGGAGCAACAGAGGAAGUAUUAGGAGAGCCAAGAAACCUGAGAGUUUCUGAUGCUACCACAUCUAGCUUGAAGUUAUCUUGGGAUGCAGCACCUGGUAAAGUAAAGCAGUACCUUGUGACAUACACACCAGCUACAGGAGGAGAACCCAAAGAGGUUACUUUAAGAGGAACUGUAACUAAUACAGUAUUAAGAGAACUCGAUGCUGGUACAACUUAUUCCCUCUCUGUAAAUGCUUUAUAUGGAUCAGGAGCUGGUUCUGCCCUGACUGGUGAAGGAACUACUCUGGAUGAGCGUGGGUCACCUCGCAAUUUAGUGACUAAGGAUAUAACAGACACUUCAAUUGGAACCUCAUGGACAGCGGCUCCUGGAAUGGUUCGAGGCUACAGGGUAACAUGGAAAUCGCUGUUUGAUGAUGCUUCAGGAGAGACAAAAGUGCCUGGUGAUGUAACAAAUGCAGUGCUGGAUAACCUUAAACCGGAGACAAAGUAUCAAAUCUCAGUUUUUGCUGAUUACAAAAGUGGAGAAGGACCUCCCCUUGAUGGAGAAGCUACUACAGAAGUAUCACCAGAUGCCAAGAAACUCAGAGUCACAGAUGAGACAGAAAAUACACUGAAGGUCACCUGGAAACCAGCUCCAGGGAAUGUGGUGAAUUACCGUGUUAUCUAUCGGCCACAAACUGGUGGAAGACAAAUGGUUGCUAAGUUGCCACCUACAGUCUCCUCUACUGUGUUAAAGAGGCUUCAACCCAGGACCACCUAUGAUAUUACAGUUGUCCCAGUGUACAGAUCAGGGGAUGGAAAGGCAAGACAAGGAGAGGGAACGACAGCUUCCCCAUUCAAGCCACCAAGAAACUUGAAAACAUCAGAUCCAACUAUGUCAACAUUUAGAGUGACAUGGGAACCAGCUCCCGGACAAGUCAAAGCAUACAAAAUCACCUUUCAUCCAUUAGAAGAUGAUGAGGAUAUUGGGGAAAUGAUAGUUGGCCCAUAUGAUAAUACAGUUGUUUUGGAAGAACUCAGGGCUGCAACAUCCUAUAAAGUAAAUGUUUUUGGAAUGUUUGAUAAAGGAGAGAGCGCCCCCUUGGUUGGAGAAGAAAUGACAACUCAGUCAGAUGCUCCUGAAGUUGCUGUUGAUGCUGGCCUGGAGUGCAAAACUAAUGCCGCUGCAGAUAUAGUAUUGCUAGUUGAUGGCUCUUGGAGUAUUGGCCGGCCCAAUUUUAGAACUGUCAGGGCCUUUAUCUCUCGAUUGGUUGAAGUUUUUGAGAUCGGCCCAGACAGAGUACAGAUUGCUCUUGCUCAAUACAGUGGAGAUCCCAGAACUGAAUGGCAACUAAAUGCCCAUGCAACAAAAAAGUCUCUAAUGGAUGCUAUAGCAAAUAUGCCUUACAAAGGGGGAAACACUUUGACAGGUUUGGCUUUGAAUUUCAUCCAUCAAAACAACUUCAAAGCAGCAGUUGGCAUGAGGCCCAAGUCACGCAAAAUUGGUGUACUCAUCACUGACGGAAAGUCACAGGAUGACAUUGUUGGACCAUCCAAAAAGCUGAGAGAUGAGGGAAUUGAACUGUAUGCUAUUGGUAUUAAAAAUGCAGAUGAAAAUGAACUGAAAGAAAUUGCUACUGAUCCUGAUGAGAUCUAUGUCUUUAAUGUCAAUGAUUUCAACCAGCUAACCAACAUUGUCGAGCCCGUUACAACAAAUUUGUGUAACAGUGUUAAGGGCGGAGGAGAUCUUCUGGAACCGCCAUCAAACCUGGUGACCUCAGAACCUACACCUCGAUCUUUUAGAGUCACAUGGGUUCCACCAUCUCACAGUGUAGACAGAUUCAGAGUGGAGUACACUCCUGUAGCUGGAGGCAGGACCCAAACGGUUACUGUUAGCAGGAAUGAUAGGUCAACAGUACUGGUUGACCUAAAACCUGAAACUGAAUAUGAAGUCAAAGUAUAUUCAGUGGUAGAAGGAGAAAGCAGUGAUCCUUUGGUUGGACAAGAAACUACAUUGCCCAUCCCUAACAUCAGAAAUCUUAACAUUUACGACAUUGGAACAACAACAAUGCGAGUCAGAUGGGAAGCGGCUCCUGGGGCUACUGGAUAUCAGUUGUUAUAUGAGCCUGUCAAUGCUACUGUUCCUUCUACAGAAAAAGAGGAACGUUUUGAUGCAUCAGUCACUGACGUGCGACUGGAGAACUUAUUCCCAAACACUGAGUAUACAUUGACUCUUUAUGCGCUUGUUGAUGAUCUUACCAGUGACCCACUCACAGCUCAGGAAGUCACACUGCCAGUCCAAGGUCCUAGAAAUGUAAGACUUCGAGAUAUCACUCAUAGCUCAAUGAAUGUGUUGUGGGAUCCUGCCCCUGGAAAUGUCAGAAAAUAUAUAGUGAGGUACAAAGCAGAGGCAGAAGAAGAUUUCAAAGAGGUGGAAGUGGAUGGAUCAAGAACAAGCACUCCUUUAACUGACCUUUUCUCAGAAACUCUAUAUGAUGUCAGUGUUACUGCAGUAAUGCAAGAUGGAUUAUCUUCUCCUCCACGUUUUACACAAGGGACCACAGCUCCAGUGCCGGCACCAGUCAACCUCAGAUUUUCAGAAACAACUAAGGACAGUUUUAGAGGGACCUGGGACCAUGGUGCACCUGAUGUGGCAUUGUACAGGAUAAGCUGGGCACCCGUUGGACAGCCAGAGAGAAAGAAAGAGACCAUUCUUGAAGGAGAAAAGAACACCUUGGUAUUUGAAGACCUUGAUUCUGAUACACCAUAUGAAGUCUUUGUGACUGCGAUCUACCCUGAUGAAUCUGAAAGUGAAGAUCUUAUAGGAGUUGAGAGAACAUUACCAAAGAUCCUGACAACAACUCCAAGUCCAAGAAAUGGUCCUCGCAACUUGCAAGUUUAUAACGCAACCUCCAACAGCCUGACUGUGAGAUGGGACCCAGCCACUGGCAGAGUGCAGCGAUACAGGAUAUUUUAUCAACCUGCUGUGGGAGAUGGAGUUGAACAAACGACAACUGUUGGUGGAAGGCAGAACAGUGUUGUGCUGCAGAGACUUCAGCCAGAUACUCCAUACACUAUAACUGUAGCAUCUCAGUAUGCUGAAGGAGAAGGAGGAAGAAUUUCAGGAAGAGGAAAGACAAAGCCUUUAAGCACAGUCAAAAAUCUGAGAGUAUAUGACCCAACUACAAGUACUUUAAAUGUAAGAUGGGAAGCAGCUGAAGGAAAUGUGCGCCAAUAUAAGGUUUAUUAUGUACCCACUGCUGGAGGAUCCGAGGAAGUGACAACUGUUCCUGGAAAUACCAUCUACACUGUACUAAGGGGACUUCAGCCAGACACACCUUAUACAGUAACCGUGGUCCCUGUUUAUGCUGAAGGAGAUGGUGGACGCAUGUCUGACACUGGAAGGACAUUGGCAAGAGGAACUGCCAGAAAUCUUCAAGUUUACAACCCAACAACAAAUACACUAAAUGUUCGAUGGGAUCCUGCUCCUGGACAGGUUCAGCAGUACAGAGUCAACUAUGCUCCACUUCUCGGAACUACGGCUUCAGAAUAUGUUGUGAUUCCUGGCAAUACUCAUAAUGUGUUACUGGAGCGCCUGAUCCCUGAUACUCCUUACUCUGUAAAUGUGGUGGCCAUGUAUGCGGAUGGAGAAGCAGAACCAAGUACUGGAGAGGGAAAAACAUUACCUCGCAGUGGGCCAAAGAACAUUAAAGUUUUUGGAGAGACAACCAACAGUCUCUCAGUCAACUGGGAUCAUGCCGAUGGUCCAGUUCAACAAUAUAGAAUUAUCUAUUCACCUACUGUUGGUGAUCCUAUUGAUGAAUAUGCAACUGUUCCUGGUAGAAGAAACAAUGUAGUCCUGCAGCCUUUGUUGCCAGACACUCCAUAUAAAAUUACUGUGGUGGCUGUGUAUGGAGAUGGCGAUGGCGGGCAACAAACUGGAAAUGGCAGAACAGUUGGCUUACUUGCACCAAGGAAUCUGCAAGUUUCUGAUGAAUGGUACACCAGAUUCCGGGUAUCUUGGGAUAGAGCAACCUCUCCAGUUCUUGGCUAUAAACUUGUAUACCAGCCAAAUGAUUCUGAUGAAUCCAUGGAAGUAUUUGUUGGUGAUGUGAAUUCAUACACUCUUCAAAAUCUAAAUCCUGGAACUACCUAUGACGUUCAGGUGUAUGCUCAGUAUGACACUGGACUAAGUUCACCACUCAAAGGACCUGGAACAACCUUGUACCUAAAUGUGACUGACCUGUCAAGCUACCAAGUGUCAUGGGAUUCAUUUUGUGUUAGGUGGUCACCUCACAGAGCGGCAACAUCCUAUAGAGUCAAGCUAACUCCAGUUGAUGGAUCUCGAGGACAGGAAAUAACGGUGCCUGGAUCAGAGUCAUCGAAUUGUUUUACUGGUCUGAACCCCGACACUGAAUAUACUGCCACUGUAUAUGUACAGACACCAAACCUUGAGGGCAGAGGAGUUUCAACCAAAGAACGUACUACGAUAAAGCCAACAGAAUUACCAACUCAACCUCCUGCUCCUCCUCCGCCACCCACAAUUCCUCCAGCCCGUGAAGUGUGCAAAGGGGCAAAAGCAGAUAUUGUCUUCUUGAUCGACAGCUCAUGGAGUAUUGGUGAUGAUAACUUCAACAAAGUCCGCCAAUUCAUUUUUAACACCAUUGGAGCUUUUGAUGUUAUCAAUCCUGCUGGCAUCCAGGUUUCAUUUGUACAGUUUAGUGAUGAAGCUCAAACUGAAUUUAAGCUGAAUACAUAUUCUGAUAAAGCCCAAGCUCUGGGUGCACUAGCUAACAUCCGAUACAAGGGAGGAAACACAAAAACAGGAAAAGCCUUGAAGUUUGUACGUGAUAAAGUUUUGACUUAUGACAAUGGAAUGAGAAGAUCUGUUCCCAAAGUUCUAGUAGUAGUGACUGAUGGAAGAUCUCAGGAUGACGUGAAGAAGUCUGCCAGGGAUAUUCAGCACUCUGGCUUUAGCGUCUUCGUGAUUGGCGUGGCUGAUGUGGAUUAUACUGAACUUACAAAUAUCGGUAGCAAACCAAGUGAACGGCAUGUCUUCAUUGUGGAUGAUUUUGAUGCUUUUGAAAAGAUUGAAGACAAUCUGAUCACCUUUGUGUGUGAAACUGCAACUUCAACUUGCCCACUUAUGUACCUUGAUGGCUAUACAUCCCCUGGCUUUAGGAUGCUAGAAGCAUAUAACCUUACAGAAAAGACUUUUGCGUCUGUCCAAGGUGUCUCAAUGCAACCCGGUUCUUUUAACAGUUUUCCUGCGUACAAUCUGCACAAAGAUUCCUUCCUCUCCAUACCAACCACUGAACUACAUCCUGACGGAUUACCACCAUCCUACACUAUCAUCCUAUUAUUCCGUGUGCUCCCUGAAACCCCCAAUGAGCCAUUUUCAAUAUGGCAGGUCACAGACAAGGGCUACAAACCACUGACAGGAGUGACUCUGGAUGGAUCCAAACAAACACUCUCAUUCUUUAACAAGGGAGCUACAGGAGAAACUCAGACAGUAACAUUUGAUGGUGAUGAAAUAAAGAAGCUCUUCUAUGGAAGCUUUCACAAGGUUCACAUUGUAGUUUCUCCUACAUAUGUGAGAAUUUAUGUUGACUGUAGUGAAGUGGCAGAGAAACCAAUUAAGGAAGCUGGUGCAAUCUCUACAGAUGGCUAUGAAGUACUUGGGAAGCUCAGGGGCGACAAGAAAUCUGCUCCAUUCCUUCUCCAGAUGUUUGACAUUGUAUGUACUGUAACCUGGACAAGCCGUGAUAGAUGCUGUGAUAUUCCUUCAAUGAGAGAUGACACUAAGUGCCCAGCACUACCACAUGCUUGUACUUGUGCACAGGACAGUGUUGGAGCUCCAGGACCAGCUGGCCCAUCUGGUAUGCCUGGUAGCAAAGGCCCCAGAGGUGACAGGGGUGCAGAUGGACCUUCUGGCCCCCCAGGGCAGCGAGGUGAUCAAGGUCCACCUGGUCCACAAGGAAUUCCUGGGCCUCAAGGACCUCCUGGACUUUCUAUUCCUGGAGAACCUGGUCGUCAAGGAAUGAAGGGUGAUCAAGGUGACCCUGGUUUGCCAGGAAGAAUGGGAUCUCCUGGUGUAACUGGACCACCUGGACCUAUGGGACCACCAGGACCAAGGGGUUUCACAGGCAAAGAUGGAGCUGUCGGACCCAGAGGUCCACCUGGUCCCAUGGGAGCACCAGGAGCACAAGGAGCCCCAGGUCCAAGUGGGAAACCAGGAAAACAAGGAGAUAAUGGUUUACCUGGUCCUUCAGGACAGAAAGGAGACAAAGGUGACAGGGGAGAUAUGGCUUCCCAGAAUAUGAUGAGGGCGGUUGCACGACAAGUUUGUGAACAGAUGAUAAACAGCCAAAUGAGCAGAUUUAAUCAAAUGCUGAACCAGAUUCCAAAUGACUAUUAUUCCAAUCGCAAUCAACCAGGACCUGCAGGUCCACCAGGUCCUCCAGGCAGUGCUGGAGCGAGAGGUGAACCUGGACCUGCAGGCAGUAAUGGAUUCCCAGGACCACCUGGUCUUCAAGGACCAGCUGGAGAAAGAGGUUUACCGGGAGAAAAGGGAGAAAGAGGCAACCCUGGAACUGGAUCUCAAGGACCAAGAGGGGUUACUGGGCCUCCAGGACCACCAGGUGACUCUAGGACAGGACCCCCAGGAUCUCCAGGCUCCACAGGGCCACCAGGACCUCCUGGUCGGCCAGGUAACCACGGCAUUAGAGGUCCAACAGGUCCAGCUGGAUACUGUGAUGCAUCACUAUGUGCAAGCAUUCCUUACAACGGUCAAGGAUACCCAGAACCUUAUCAGCCUGAAAGUGGACCCAUUGAACCUGACCAACCUUACGUAGUCCAAAUGCCACCAGAAAGACCAGAUGAUGAGGACUACGAACAUCAUGAAUAUGCGGAACAUAUGAGGUGGAGAAGAUCCUUAAGAAAGAAUGUAGUGAAAUCAUAAAUGGUUUUGUAUUUUGUUUACUAUGUGUGUCAUUUCCUUAUGUGAACAGCAGAUACAUGCAGAGUAAGCAGAUUUUAUGUUUCCACAAGUCAGUUCAGGAUCCUGCAGUCAUGAGAUGCACUUACACUUAUGUACACAUGCCGUUUUCUGUGAGUGCUGAAUCAAAUAGAUCUCAUCAUAUGAACCACAUGCAAAGUUUUGUCUGAUGCUCCCUAUAUUGCGUGUAAAAUAUGUUGUGCUUGCAGUGUCAAUUGCCUUGUCCUAAUGUGUGAAUAAAGAUGAUAAUUUUAUUGCAAUGUUACCUAGUACAAACCUAGACCAGGAACAAACUUCCAAGCAGCUUUGUGUCUGAACAAUGUUGCCUGUACCCUGCCUUUAAAGCCAAAUUGCCACCCAAGUAAUCAUACCAUCUGUUCUGCCAUAACCCCUCCCCAUCCAAAGCCUCAAUUAUACAUUGCGGGGGAUAUAAUGCUUUUAUACUCUGUCUACCUGUAAGCAUCCAGAAAAAAAAAACUUUUUACAUAUCUAAAUAUAAAGUGCCCAUUAGAUUCAGGAUUAUAUUGUAGACACAUUAACAGUUACAUUUAUGUCAACUUGCAGUUGAUCCUGCAGAAGAUGAAAUUGCAUGUUUGUGCUGUAUAUUUAGUAUGGACAAUUGUCAGAAUAUAAUGUUUUCAAAGUUUCUUAGUUUCUUAGUUCUCAAAGCAGUUUGAAGACUAUGAAAAUAGAUUUGCUAUUUCAGGAUUUUUAACAGCAAAUUGUGAAUUUCACUGCCUUAUAUUUUUAUUUAUUUCUAAGAAAAAGAGGCGUUUUUUUCAAUAAAACUACUGAA